GCAGAGCACAACCUCUCCAUCACCUCUCAGCAUGGGGGACGAAGAUUACGAUUCAGAUUAUUAUUACUAUGACAAUGAGACUAACAUUACUGAGAAUAGCACCAAUGAACAUGAUUGUGGCUUCUCAGUCCUGGCCGGCUCCCACAUUUUCCUGCCCACCAUGUAUUACCUGAUUUUCUUCACUGGAUUCUGGGGAAACAUCUUUGUGAUCGCGGUGGUGGGAAGCAAAGGCAAAAGAGCGGGUCGCCUGGUGGACAUCUUCGUCUUGAACCUGGCCGUGGCUGACCUGGUCUUCGUCCUCACGCUGCCUCUUUGGUCCAUCUCUUCCAGCCAGAAGAACGGCUGGGACUUUGGGUUUGCCAGUGAGUUCCUGUGCAAGCUGAGCAGCUACAUCAUCUCUGUCAACCGCUUCUCCAACAUCUUCUUUCUCACCUGCAUGAGCAUUGACCGCUACCUGGCAAUAGUGAAGAUGAUGGAUUCAAGGUACCUCAGGAGUAGUAAGUGCAUUCGCAUCACUUGCGCUGCCCUCUGGAUCAUCUCUGGCAUCCUUGGCAUUCCUUCUCUGAUCUACCGAGAACUGGCGCCAUCUGCAGACGGUCAGUCCUGCCUCGAAGAUGAUACUUUGGGGCUCCUGAUUGGCAUGAAUCUGGGCAUGGUGUUCCUCACGUUCAUCUUCCCAGUGCUGAUCAUCAUGGUCUGCUACGGAACCAUCAUCAUGCACCUCAACAGGCACUGCGCCGCUGCUGGGAACGCCCGAGCUGAGGCUCGCCGCAGACACUCACUGAAGAUGGUCCUCUGCAUCAUCGUGGCGUUCGUGGCAUCCUGGCUGCCCUACAACACCUUCAAGUCCAUCAAAAUCAUUUCCUAUCUCUCAGAAGGCGAUCUGAGAUGUAAAGCAUGGCUGCACAACGGGUUCCUCGUCUCCUGCUGCCUGGCUUUUCUCAACAGCUGCGUGAAUCCGGCCAUCUACUUCUUCUUGGACCACCACUUCAGGCGACGGGCGAAGUUCUUGUUCCAGAGCUGCAUCGGGAAGACAAAGAUGCUGCAGAGCUUCAACUCCUCUGCAUCUAUCACCAACCCCGGCACUUCUGAGAGCUAUGCAACAAAUGGUGGGCGAACGCAGAUUCAGAUGUCCCUGCAGGAGGAGAACAAGUCAUUCAUUACCUUCUAAAAGUCCAGAAGAGGUGACGUCAUUGUUUUAUAUUUCAAUUCAAAUUUGACAAUGAUACACAAUUUUAUUCCUUUUUGUUUGUUAAAUUUUAGCCUCUGUUAAUUUCCUCCUAUAGAGAGUUCGGUGUAUUGCAGUAGAAAAUUAAAUAACUCAUCUUUUUGUUUGUUUGUUUCUUUAAUAUUUAUUUAAUUCUUUUUUUUCUUUUCUUUUGACUUCCUCAUCUAAGAAAAUGCUGUUAAUAAUGCUUAUGCUGGAGGACAGUGCAUAACUUCCCUGUACAUUUUUGCAUGUCGCAUUAUUAUUUUAGCAUUAAUCUAACAAUAGUUUCUAAUCAUAACAGUAGCUUUGAAUCAUUACCAUUUUUAUGUUUUUGGUAAAACUUUCAAGGUUUGUAUUUUUCUGCUUCAUCUUUUGUUGUAAAACUGUGAUAAUUUUUCUAAAGCUUUUUAUGAUGGGGGAAAUAAAUGUGAAAGAAAAAAAUAUGUUUUUUUUCCAAUUGUAUAGCUGCAAGUUCACCCAAAUAAACACUUUUUUAUUAAAUUACAGUGAAACUGACAAGCUCCAGUAAUCCAUAGUUUAC